UGCGUUCUCCUUCUCUAUUUUGGGCGUCCCAAGCGGUGGAAACUCUCAGAGAAAUUGGAAGUGGGCCGCCUCUUAUACAUCGCCAUUACCGAACUCAGGAACUCUCUUUCUCUAUCUUCCGAACCUUUAGCUCUUUCUGCUGCACAUGGAUAUGUCCUCUUCUUCGACGAGGAGUUGAUUGCUGCUCUUCUUGUAUGCUCAUUUUUAUGUAUAUUCCCAGUCCAUGACAGAUAUGAGAAACAACUUCAACUAGUUAACUUUGAUGAGUUGUUUGCGAGUGUCUAUGAUGAUUACAGUCAAAAACAGGAAAAUAAGAUUUGGUGCAUCAUUCACUAUUUUCAAAGGAUAACCUCUGAUAUGCCUAAGGGUGUUGUCUCAUUUGAGCGAAAAGUACUUGUCUGGGAAGAUGAUUCCGAUCACGUUUCUUAUCCUGAUACUAACUUUUGGAGCACUUCUGUUAUACCACUAUGUAGAUUUGAGGUUCAAAGUUCAGGUCUCAUAGAAGAUCACUCAAGUGAAGCUGUCGAAGUGGACUUUGCGAAUGAAUAUCUUGGUUGUGGUGCUCUUCGUAGGGGUUGUGUACAGGAGGAAAUUCGCUUCAUGAUCAAUCCAGAAUUAAUUGCUGGCAUGCUUUUCUUGUCGUCCAUGGCGCAUAAUGAGGCUAUAGAUAUUGUUGGCGUGGAAAGGCCUAACUUGCGUUUCGGAACAUCAUCUUUCACCUCGUUUUGGAAUCGGUCGAAUCGGAGUUUCGCAGCGCCGUUUAUCGCAAUUUCUAGUUAUACGGGAUUUUCACUCAAAUUUCAUGCUCUUGAGAUCCUUAUCAAAAGGUUUUCGAGUUAUAAAGGAUAUGCAUCAUCAUUUCGAUUUUCUGGGGAUUAUGUGGAUGAGAAGGGUUUAGACGCCCUUGGAAGACGUAAAACUAGGAUUGUUGCAAUCGAUGCAUUAUGUGGCCCAGGGAUGAGGCAAUACAGGGAAAAAUAUCUCCUCCGUGAGAUCAACAAGGCAUUUUGUGGUUUUCUGCACCAAUCUACAUGUCAACAGUAUCAGAAAAUUCCACAUGAGAACUUUGAUGCUGCCAGUGCCACCUCAACAUCUAUGGAUACAAGUGAUGUACCAAAUUCAUAUGACGAAAUCAGAAAUUCUCAAAAUGAUUAUGUUAUGAUGGAGAAGAACAAUGAUAUUGGGGUUGUGACUGGAAAUUGGGGAUGUGGCGCCUUUGGAGGAGAUCCUGAAGUAAAGACCAUAAUUCAGUGGCUUGCAGCUUCUCAAGCUAAAAGACCUUUCAUAGCAUACUACACAUUUGGCUUGGACGCAUUGCAAAACCUAGACAAGGUUUGGGAUGCUUUAAAGAAGAAAUAUGAUACUAAGGAAGCUGGAGUCAAGAAGUACGCUGUUAGCCGCUACCUCAAAUAUCAGAUGACAGAUGACAGAUCAGUGGAAGCUCAGUCUCAUGAAAUCCAGAAAAUAGCUCACGAGAUCAUCUCUGAAGAGAUGGACAGUUGGAGACCUAUGGAACAUGCUAGUUGAGUACUCAAAAAAUAGGUCAAAAGGAGAAACUAAUGUCGGUUUCCUCCAAUGGCUCCUACCAUCAAUAUAUGAUAAUGGUUAUAUGAUGGAGUAAUUAGCCAAGUACAC